CUCAUCUCUGAUGCGCGGUAAAGACUAGUAAAUACUCUGGAGCCAUAAGCAAUAAUUGACUGUUAGCAUCUUUGUAACUGACUGCUAUUGUGGUGCCACAAAAUGCUGAAUAAUCCUACCGGACGAGGUUCGUCGAUAAACAGAGUUAGUUCAUCCGCGUUUGAUCGCGAAGAGAAAAGCACGCGAACUGACCUAAGGAGGACGCUUUCUAGAGCCAAGAGUAAUUCUCUCGAUGAUAAUUCUCUCAUUCCGAGGCCGAAAUAUCGGGCUUUAUCGGUGGAUGCUGCAAGUCGCAAGUCAAUGUUGAAAGCUAUUCAGUCCCAGACACCAAUUACUCCAUCGGCAGGUCCAAGUCGAAUCCACCAUGGCCAUACAGCAAGUAAAACAACGCGUGGUCGUCGGUCGCAUUCAGUUGAAAGAGCGAAUGGAAUCAGUGGUAAAGGUCCUCGCAAGGACACACGGCCUUUGCCUGACAAAUCUUCCCAGGCUCAAAUGCUAAGCAAGAUUGAAUCUUAUUUCCGCAAUCGUGGUCAGGGAGUGACGUUGAACGGUAAUGGUAGUUUACGACCGAUCACCCUAAAAUUGUUCGUCGAAGUGUCGAACGAACUUUUGAUGUCACUGAACAUAAAGCAUGAUCUCACAAUGUCGAAUUACGUUGAGGAAUUACCGAAAAUUGCUAAGAAGCUUCACUACCCUGGGGUGAUAGCCAAAUCCUGGCUGAAAACUGUUAACACCAUACACUCUUGGCCUCGAGUAUUGGAUUGGUUGUUUUGGUUAGUUCAGUUCUGUACGGCCAAAGAUUUGGCGACGGAUGCAUUCAAAUUAAAGGAUUUACCCCAAUCCGGUACCGAUGACGAAAGUCAGAUCAACAGACUCCUGUUUCACUGUAUGUUAAGAUGUUAUAGCGCCUGGAACGAUGAGAAACAUAACGAAGAAUCCGCUCUGAUUGAAGAAUUUUUGCGGACACUUAACGAUCGGUUUGGAGUCAGCGAAGAAGUUCUGGUAACGGCGCGUAGCAAUGUGGAAGCUACGAUGUUUAAAUUGCAAGCACUGGAUGAAAAGAAGCAGGACUUAGAGAAGGAGAUUGUAGAGCUGGACGAAGUUCUGGAAUCAUUACAAAAGGAUGAUGUUAAGCAGCAGGCGUACAUCAGAGCAAAGAAAGAGUAUAUAGAGAAGAUUGACAAGGAAGAGAAUCAGAUGAAGAAUGAGUGUGAAUUACUUGCUGCUGAAAUUGAGAAACAGAGGGUUAUGCAGGAAGAACUCGAGAAACGCAUUGCUCAUCAGCCGAUGUCCACAAAUGAGAGAGAUAAAGUAGUCGAAGAAUGUUUGAACAUCAAGCGUCAUAUUAGUAGAUUCGAGGAACAUUUGACAGAGAUUAAAAAGGAGCUGUAUACUUUGGAUUUAAAACUUGCAUCUAUCAAUAAUAACAUCAGCAAAACUGUAUUAGCGUAUAAUAAAGAGAUCUUUCUGAAUCUCGAUUGCAUCGAACAUGUACAUCUGGAAGAGCUGAAGAUGCCUGAAGAAGGAAUUCUCAGGCCUGAUGUUUUAGAUUCACUGAAUUCUAAAGCGAAUGCCAUGAACGAAUUGAAAGAACUCCUAAACAAUGGGAUCGAUGAAAAGAGAGUUUCUAUUAAAAAGGCUAACGAUGAACUUGAGGGUCUCAAGGAAAGAAAGCGAAUGCUGGAGGAAGAAAAUAACGAGUUAAUUACUUCUAUUAAAGAAAGAAAAACUGAAGUUGAUAAUAUUAAAAUGAAUGCGAGAAAUGAAGAAAUAAAACUGAAAGAUCAAAUAAGAACGUUAGACGAUGACAUCAAGAAACUGCAGGAGUCUAUGCCAGAUAUUGUAGCGGAAAAUCAAGAAUUAACAGAAAUGAAAGACAAGCUGGAAUCGCUCCAGAGGAGGAAACUAUUUCUUCAAUCAAAAGCUGAUGAAUUCUUCCCUAGAUUCUACGACAUACUUCAAAAUCAUCGCGAAAAGGUCGCUGCGCUAUUAGGGAAAAUGUUGAAGGAGUGAGCAUCGAAAGAGUUUAGCAUUAAUGAGUGACAAUAUAUAUAUCGAUAAAGAAUCUGUCACUUGGUUAAUUUCAUCUUAUUAGUUUUCUUGUAUACAUUCUGACCCGAAGAAAUUUCUUGAUUCAAUGGGUUUUGAACGAAAAGAACCAAUCCCAAGAUAAUAAAUCUUUAUUUUUAUAAUACUAAAAUGUAAGUAUUUUUAUAACAACUUUUUUAUAAUACCAAAAUGUAAUACUAAACUUAUUAUCCGAUCAGGUGUAUCGUUUAAUUUGCAUUACUAAUAACUAGUGUCGAUAAAUAAUCUUUCACUUACCGAAUUUAUUCUUAUAUUUUCUUGUGUAGCGGAUUCAGAUCAAUAAACAAGUUCGCAAUAUAA